GCCCGCGCGCCCGAGAGCGCGAUGACAAUCCGACGCGAGCGACGAUAAGAGCGGAUAUCCCUAUACGUUAAAUACAUACAGUGUGCGCAAUUUUUUUCGUUCAGUCCGUUCGUUGAUCUCGUUGAUUUUGUAUUUCAAACUGGACAUUUUGGUGGUCCCUCGUUCUGUGUAAAAUGAUGGAGGUGCAGCAAGUAUCUGGUGUCGGGCCAUUGGACUUUUCGCGGCGCGGCGUCGCCGAGGCCUCGGCCUUCAGGCUCGUCAAGCCCAAGCAGCUCGCGAGCUUGCAAGCUCACCCGCAGGACGUGAUCGCGGCCUCCAACUGUCAUCAGAAGCAGCAGCAGCAGCAGCAACAGCAGCAACAACAGCAGCAGCAGCCAGAGACGAACAAUAACGAGAAUACGAGCUUGUUGCAGGUGGUCGACGGAGGCACGAGAUUGCAAGCUUCCGACGCAGAGGGCUGCGACGUGCGAUUGAUGUUUCCAAGAUUAUGGGCGCCCUUCAUCAACGCCAACGACGCCGUCACAAAUCUGUCACCUUUUCCAAAAUCAGAUCCAGAUCGCCUGUCGUUCGGAGUCGGAAGACUGGUCGGUUCGCCGCUGUCGAGAAGUCCUCGGAGGUCGCUGUCGCACUCGCCAUGUCCGGACUCGCCGCGCACCGAUCACCAGGACACCGAGGUGGACGUCGACGACGAGGAGAUCGAUGUCGACGUCGAGGAAGUCGGUGACGAGGACGAGCGCGAAGGUUCCAGCCCGCCGAGAUCGGCCUCUCCGCCCUCGCCGCCUGCGCUCACGAGAAGCACCUCGACCAACCCACCUAGAAGAUCGGGAGACAGUUUCAGCGUGAGCGCCCUGCUGAGGCCGGAUCCGCCGUCGGCCCACUGCCAGCAGAGCAGCAACGUCAGUCCGGGCCUGGUGUACUCGCCCCUGAAUCUGCAGAGCGGCCUGGCCCACGCGCACCAUCCGCUCUCGUAUCUGCACCCGCAGCUGCUGCCCCAGCACCUGAUACCGCCGCACCUGCACCCGCUGCUCAGGGGCGUGCAUCAUCCCGGCCAGGCUCAUCCGGGCCUGCACCCGACGGCCCACGGGCCCCACGGUCUGCACCAUCCCCAUCCGCUGGGCGACGUCUACAGCUGCGUCAAGUGCGACAAGAUGUUCAGCACGCCCCACGGCCUCGAAGUGCACGCGAGGCGAUCUCACAACGGCAAGCGUCCGUUCGCCUGCGAGCUGUGCAACAAGACGUUCGGCCACGAGAUCAGCCUGACGCAGCAUCGGGCCGUCCACUCGGCCGAGAAGGUCUUCGAGUGCAAGCAGUGCGGCAAGGCGUUCAAGCGCUCGAGCACCCUGAGUACUCACCUGCUCAUACACUCGGACACGAGGCCCUACCCCUGCCAGUUCUGCGGCAAGCGCUUCCACCAGAAGAGCGACAUGAAGAAGCACACCUACAUCCACACCGGCGAAAAACCGCACAAGUGUCAAGUGUGCGGCAAGGCUUUCUCCCAAAGCAGCAAUCUCAUAACGCACUCGCGCAAGCACACCGGCUACAAGCCCUUCGCCUGCGAGCUCUGCGGACGGGCCUUCCAGCGCAAGGUCGAUCUGCGCAGGCAUCGGGAGACUCAGCACGCCGACAUCGCCGGGCCGCCGCCGCCUCCGACGAGCAGCGGAGUCAGCGGCGCGAGCUCCGGACCUAACAGCGUGCACCGUGUGGCCGCGGCGACGGCGGCCAUGACUCCGCUGGAGAAUCCUGACGUAGCCAGAGCUCGCCGUUGGUGCGGUGGCAAGCGUAGCUGCAUUGCACAGACUUGCUAUAGGUAUAUAGCAGCAGCGCCGGCUCGUUGCGAACAGGCACAUGGAUCGGACAGUUAUUGCAUUCUGGGCAAGAUUAAUAGCUUUUGGCAAGGUACGCAGGCGCGCGAGAGCGAGCAACAGUACCCGAACGAUUAA